UGCGCCUGCGCUGUUGAUGAGGGUGGUAGCUGUGGCGACCAACAUGGAGCCGGACACGGGGGAGCCGGUCGUGAGCGGCGAGGGGCCGGACGCGGGGGAGCCGGCCGUGAGCGGCGAGGGGCCGGACGCGGGGGAGCCGGCCGUGAGCGGCGAGGGGCCGGACGCGGGGGAGCCGGCCGUGAGCGGCGAGGGGCCGGACGCGGGGGAGCCGGCCGUGAGCGGCGAGGAGCCGGUUGGCGAGGACCAGGAUACGGCCGCUGGGUCAGCCGUGCCGCGCAGGCCGGUACCCGGGGUGAUCUACCUGGGGUACAUCCCGCCGGGUCUGGAGCUGUGUCUCAUGCGGAAAAUGAUGUCCGCCUUCGGGGAGGUGGGCAGAAUCUUCCUGCAGCCAGCAGAUGAAAGGAGAACCCGGAGAAAGAAAAAGACUGGCAGCCUUGGGAAAAACUUCACUGAAGGCUGGGUGGAAUUUCAGAACAAGGCUGUGGCCAAACGGGUAGCCAGAAGUCUCCACAACACACCGAUUGGAACUAAGAAACGCAGCCGCUUCCAUGAUGACUUGUGGAACAUGAAGUACUUGCACCGCUUUAAAUGGAUCCAUCUGAGCGAGCGCCUGGCCUAUGAGAAGCUGGUGAAGCGGCAGAGGCUGCGGGUGGAGGUCUCCCAGGCUAAGCGCGAGACAAACUUCUUCCUCCAGAAUGUGGAGAAGAGCAGGGGCCUGGAGAAGCUGCAGGAACUGAAGCGGAAGAAAGGGGAGGAGUGGCAGGAGAAGAACUGGCACUUCCAUCAGCGGGCCACUGAGGCUGAGAUCCAAGCCAGCAAGACUACUGCUCGUAUGCAGGCUGCAGGCAAGGCCAAGGAGCUUGAGAGGGUGGCUGAGUUCCACAGAAAAUCCCAGACCAAUACGUCACUGUUAGCCAGGAUCUUCAACCCUUGUGUGGAACAGGAGUAGGCCUUUCCAGGGUCAGAGACUGAACCAACUCAAGCUGCAAGGUCGCCUGCUGACUUGGGACACAGGAAAAGAGAUUUAUUGGUUCUGGUGCAAUUAAUUACCCAUGAGCAUUUUAGGCCAAAAUGGAAAAGAUUGGUCAGUCUAGGAGAAAUGCUGUCUUGAGGAUUCAGGUGCAGGGUUUUGACCCAAAACGUCGACAAUUUCCUUCUUCCCACAGAUGCUGCUCGACCUGCUGAGUUCCUCCAGUGGGUUGUUCGUUGCUCUUGAGGAUUUAUUCAGUUCGGUGAUCGGUGUUUGAAACACCUGGUAUUACAAAUGCACAUUUGUUUGUUGCAGCCCUGGACUCUGCAACAACACCAGAGAUCGUUGGCUGAGGGAUGAGGACAGGUCUCCUAAAGUUGUGUGAGGAGGAUGGAAGAGUAUUUUCCAGAAAGGGGUUAUUUAGCUGACUAACUAGCAGGUGCUGUAUUUUGUAUCCUUUUGAUUUGUGUUCAGCAGUAAACUUGAUGUUCAAACCUUCCUGUUUAUGUCAACUUCAUUUAAUUACUUGGUGAUCAUCCAAACUACAGACUUUCCCCUGAGUCACUGCAUUUGCUGUACUAUUUACAACUAUAGAAUGCUACUUCACAAUGCUGGAUCAGUGCUAAUUGCUUCUCCUUGCUACUUCCUGUAGCACAGUAUUGUUCCCAAUCUAAUAUCACUCCAUAGCUUUCUUUCCUUGCCCUCCUAACCUCAAACUAAUUCCACAGACUUAUUUUGUCCCAGAAUCUUCUAAUGAUUCCUGACUGCAUUUGGGAGGAUGAUAUUCCGCUACAGAGGGAAGACAAGGGAAUGCUCAAGGAUUGAACAAAAUUAAUAUAUUUCCUGGAAUAAGCACCUUGGGUUGGUGACCUAUUAUCAAUGUAUUUUCUGGAAUUUAAAAGACUCGUGAUUUGAAAUGUAGUGAAUCUAAAGGGAUUGUGCACACAGGACAGUAACAAACAGCAAUUGAUAACAUGGUUGUUAAUUCUAAAAGACAGAUGUAUAGAUUUGGGAUAAAUCAACCAAAAGGCAGAAUGGGACUGAUGGGCUAUGUGACCUUAAGCUGCUGUUUAGAGCCAGAGUAUAUGGAGCCAGCAGCAAGCUCUUGGGAAACUAAGGAACUGAAGGGGAAUGGUGAGUAAUGAUGGUGCUGCCUGGCAGAGUCGUACACUAUGGAAAUGGGCACUUCGUGAACACUGAGCAGACCAAGACACAGAACAAACACAAUGCAGUAAGUAGUUCAAAGACUUAAUAUGACAGAAAGAACGCCAGAAUGUGACACCGAGUUAUCAAAAAGAAUAUAAAGCUGCUGGUGGCAGUAUAACAGAUCAUUGUGUCAGAAGGUAGUUUGAACAUAUUAAUUUUAAGUGUGGUUUUAGUUAUAAUGUUGACUUAUUUUUGAGAAAUACUGUUUGGAUUGUUUCAGGACAAAGUAAGUAUAUUUAAAGAGCCAUGGAAAUAAUGGCUCUUUCAAAAUUCUAUAGAUUAUGGAACAAUUGCAGCAGAUUGGAGGAUGAAAAAUGGAACUCCUAUUUUCAAAAAAAGAGUGAAAAUGUGGAACUACAGUGGUUCACUUAACAUCAGUAGUAGAAAAAAUAUUAAGAGUUGUUGGAUUUGACUCUUUUAAUUUUUUAGCAUGUAUAGUGUUUAAUACACCUCAAGUGGCUGCGCAAGAAAUGGCCGCUUCCUAGCUUAUUGGUUUGUCCAUCAGGUGAAUACAUGUUUUCUCAUUGGUUGGUUUUGCCACAGGUAUCUAAUUGGUUUUCUGAUUGGACUAUUGUUAGCUAAGGAGUACCUCUUAUCUCAGGUCUAAAAGGUGUUGAUUUUUGUUAAUCUCUCUCUUGUUCUCUUUACCCCCCCCCCCCCCCCCACCUGCACGGCCCUAGCUCAUCUUUAGUUCCUUUUGUCUCAUCUCCUAGUAGUAAAGCCAGUGCCAUGUACUCUGUGACUGUUUCUUUGUUUAAAACUUUUCCAAUAAAACUUUGUGAA